AUGGGUCAAAGUGUAGUAUUUAGGAGGCGACUGUCUUACAACACCAAAAGUAACAGGAGGCAUAUGGUACGUACUCCUGGUGGACGGUUAGUAUAUCAAUACUUAAAGAAGCCAAAGCGUGUACCCAAGUGCGGUAACUGUAAAAUCAAGUUACAUGGUAUCAAGCCUGCUAGGGCCAUUGAGAAGAGUCGUAUGUGCAAGCGCAAGAAGACAGUUAAACGAGCAUACGGAGGAGUUUUAUGUCAUAGCUGUGUCCGUGAAAAGAUCCUCAGAGCGUUUUUGGUUGAAGAACAGAAAAUUGUUGUUAAAGUUUUACGAUCCCAGAAGAGUUCAACUAAAAACAAGUUGAAAACUAAAUGA